CCUCCGCUCUGAGGCGCUCCCGGGCGCGCUACUGCCGGGUGUGGGCGGGAGAGCCGCGCUCUGAGCCAAUCGGAAGAGCCCCGCUCUGAGGUUGAAGGACGCCCCCACCAAUAGCUGGUGGGCGCCGAGGACGCGCCUCUGCAGCGGCUGGCGGACGCGAUGCUCCGGGAGGACUGCGCCUCCGAGCUCAAGAUCCACUUGGCAAAUUCUCUCCCGCUGCCCUCCAAUGUGAAUCGGCCCCGGAUUGACCUGAUUGUGUUCGUAAUCAACCUUCACAGCAAAUAUAGCCUGCAGAACGUGGAGGAGUCUCUGCGCCAUGUGGACGCCCCCUUCUUCCUGGGGAAAGUGGUCUUCCUGGUCACAGGCGCCGCGCAGGACAUGCGCUGCAGCGUGCACCAGAGCACUGUGGCGAAGCUGGCCCACACCUACCGGAGUCCCCUGCUCUCCUGUGACCUGGAGACGGAGACCUUCCGCACAACCAUGGCGCAGCGCCUGGUGCGCCUGCUACAGAUCUGCGCUGGCCACGUGCCCGGCCUCUCGGCCCUGAGCCUGCUGUCACUGCUGAGGAGCACUGACAGCUCCCCGCCAGAGGACCUGUGACGGCCAGAGGGCCUGUGACGGCUUUUGACAGGCCCGGUCAGGCUCCCUGUGGGGCCCAAACACCGCUCCUGGCAGUGCUGGGGGUGGGAGCCCAGCUGGUGGGGAGACCCCGCUGGGGGAGCCCAGCCCCCAACUCCCACACUCCUGUCCUCACCCCUCUGACGUGUUACAUCUCCACAAAGACUUCAUUUAAACAAAGGGUCUGUGACUAAAAAAAGUUUGAAAAUCAUGGGUCUCACCCGUUUGAUU